CUUAUUUUUGCGAUAAGAAGAGACCCACUUAAAAUGAAAAGAAAAGGAAUCUAUCUUAGGCAAUAAGUCAUUAGCCCAAAGAUUAUGAUGCGGAGAGUUCUGUAGAUUAUUUUGCCUUCUAACCUGCAUUAUAAAAUUUUAGUUGACAAAUGUCCAGUGAGUUCGGCAGUGACCAUAAUACCUUUCCUUCGAAAAGGGACGGCUCACCUGACGCCAUGAAUACUUUAAGGACUUUAGAAAAAGGUGUAACCUUCCCAGAGUAUUAUGAAAGAGUUGCCGCUAUAAUAAGACCCAACAAGGAUAUUACCCCACUUCAAUUUAUACGUUUAUGCGCAAGUUAUAACAAUCUUAAAAAUCAAAAAAAUUCGGAAUUCUUUAUAUCAAUGUUGAUGCACUACGCCGACCAAGUGGGUUGGAAAUCGAAAAAAAAGCUUUUAUGGGAAGAAAUUAAAUUCUUGACCAGGGAUCUCAAAGAUAUCCACGGAAACGAAAUAUAUGCAGAGUUUGACUCCUCCUUUGCACUGCACUCAUUUAAUGCAUCAAAAAUGGCAACGAUCCUUUGGAGGGAAUCGCAGUACUGUAAGAUCUGCUUUUGCGGCCUUAGCUCUGAAGACAGUGAAAAGUUUUCUUCAAUUCUUCUGUGCGAUUAUGUGCAAUCAGACAACACAUACUGUGUCUUUGCGGCUCAUAGAAUUUGUGUGCCCCAGAAGUAUUUUAGAAAGCCGGAUUCGUAUUAUUGCCCGAAACAUGCACUACCUACAAAAGCUAACAGCAAGAAAGUUUCCGAUGCCAAAAGUAAGGAAGGGGGGACUCUUGCCAGUUUAAAAUUAAAGAAAAAGGCCCCAAUCUACAACGAAAAUAAUAUAAAAAACGAACUACUUUCUUUAAAAAGAGUUAGCGACAGUAACGGGUUACCUUCUUCUCCCACUCAUCUUCAAAACUAUUGGAAAGAACUUAUUUUUGGAAGUAGCGAGAGCAACGGCAACUCCGCCGCCCUUGAAGUAGUUACUGAAGACUUAUUCAAAAGUAUUUCUGAAAAAGGAAUAGAAGUGUAUAUUGGAGAAUUUCCUUCAUUUCUCGCUAUUAAAACAGACAUUCGCUAUCAAUGCAAGUGCGUUAUGUGCAUCGAAAAGUGCAAGGAUAAUACAUUCAAUGACCGUAAUGAAUAUAUGGAUCACCUUCGAUCAGUUGCUAAGAAUAUGGGAUUUCCUGCCUUUCUUCAAAAACGUUUAGAAGGCGAUAGCAUGGAACUCAUAAGAGUGGCAUCCACACAAGAAACUUUAAAGGAAUUUCUGGGAUUCACCACCGCAUGUGGCGACUACGCCUUAAGCGAUAGCAGCGAUAGCGAACAAAUAUCUAACAAGGCGACCCGGCACAACUCUCAGCAAGUUGAGCUUAAACCGGCUGUGCAGCACAAUUUUUCAAAAAAACACUGCGAAGAGUUUCUGCGAAAUUCAAGCUCUUCCUUAUUGCAAGAUGCCAGUAGUGAUGACGUCACUGUCAAAAGACCUUAUACAAAAAGACCGCAAGAAGAGAGUCGCAGUCCCUCCAUAACAGGAAAAAAACCGAAAAUUAACAAAUUUUCGGUCAGUUCAGAGAUUCAAAAGCAUGAUAAUGAUUACGUAACUGUUCAAGAUUCGCCCCCGUGCGUAAAUUUGCCACUCCAGCAGAAUAUUGAUCAUAUAGCCCCCGGUUGCCUGCCCCUGACAACCACUUGCGGGCUUAAAGGAGCUAAUCAUAUGAACACGGGGGAAGAUAAGCAAUUUUCUGUAGACAGUAAUAAUAAUAGUAGAGCAAGUGAAGCGCAAGCAUUAAGCAUGGAAAUUACGUUAGAUUAUCCCCUUGCCAUAACCGAAGGACAACCAAAAGAUAGACCGUUAAAGUCGCCCAAUAAGGGAAGCAAAAAAGUUUCCCUCACAGCGGAGGACUUGGAAAAUAUUUUUACAAGCAUUGGCGACUCAUUGGACAGUUUAACUAAGUUACACCGGCGUUUGGGCGAGGUUGUCCGCUUAGUAACAAGGCUCCAAAGGGAAAAUGAAAUGCUUGAGGCAGAACUACGCUACUGGCGAAGGUUGUAUGGGAGAGGCGCUUACAGUAUUCAACCAAGUAAUGGCCGGAGCUCCGAUGCUUAAGGAGGCUCCGCAGUACUGCUGCAUAGCCUUUUUUUUUAAUACAAAACAAGGUUCA